AUGGCUCUUUUCGCUAACACCGUGGUGGAAAGCCAUCGCAUCAAAGCUUGGGUGUGCGUCAUCAGCUUGUACUCCGUGCCGACCUUGUUCUUCGCUUACCAAUCGCGAGCCAUCUGGUUAGGCGAGCCAAGCAUGCAGACAUCCAUGUCUUCAUCAUGGGGUGAUUUGCCGACUUUCCUGAUAUGCACGGGAAAGCAAGGAGGAGGAUCACCGCACCUCUAUACCAAGACUGGCCUUGACUUUUACGGCUUUCAGAACCGGACCAACCAGGCACAAAAGGAUCGAGUCUCGUAUAAACUCUACCCACAGCUGGAAAAGUGCAUAUGGAGCCUCUGA